AGCUCAAUCUUUCUUCAAACCAUUUAAUUGGGGAGAUUCCAAAGGAAAUUGCCAAGUUGACUUCUUUGCUUUAUCUUGAUUUGAAUGGGAAUCAACUUUCUGGUAGCGUACCCUUGGAACUAGGACUUGUGUCCAAACUUUUGUAUCUUGACUUGUCUGAAAACCAAUUGAGCAAGUCCAUCCCUGAAACUAUAGGGAAUAUACCCAUGCUAUUCUACUUGAAUUUGAGCUUUAAUCAGUUUAGCCAAAGAAUUCCAGCUCAAGUAGGCAAGUUAAUCGGGCUGGUUCUUCUAGAUUUGAGUCACAACAUGCUUUCAGAGGAGAUUCCGACUCUAUUUCAAAGUUUGCAGAGCUUGAUGACACUAAACCUUUCUUACAACAAUCUCUCUGGUGAAAUUCCAGCCACUUUUGAGCAGCUCCGAGGCUUGUACUCUGUUGACAUUUCACACAAUCAGCUUCAUGGUCCCAUUCCCAACAUCCAAGCAUUUCAAAAUGCUUCGAUAGAGGCAUUGCAAGGGAACAAAGGUUUAUGUGGCAAUGCUAGCGGAUUACCACCUUGCACGCCGUUAUCUAACAAGGGUCACAACAAAAAGCUUUUUGUAGUUAUGUUCCCUUUUUUAUUGGUUGCUAGUCUCUCGAUUUCAUCGAUUGCUUUGUUGUUCACCUUCAAGAAGAGGAAGAAAGAUGCAGAUGAAGAAAGACAAAGCAGUGCAGGUGGCGAAAUAUUUUUCUCAAUAGCAUCCUUCAAUGGAAAAAUACUAUAUGAAGAGAUCAUUAGAGCUACCAAAGACUUUGAUGCUCAAUAUUGCGUUGGGAAGGGAGGAUAUGGAAAUGUAUACAAAGCAGAGCUGUCAUCUGGAGAUGUUGUAGCUGUGAAGAAAUUCCAUCCGUUGCAUACUGGUAAAAUGGCAGAUCAAAGACAGUUCCUAAACGAGGCAAGGGCAUUAGUGGACACAAGACAGAGAAAUAUUGUGAAGUUCUACGGUUUCUGUUCCUCCGCAGAUCGUUCCUUCUUAGUAUACAAGUACCUUGAAAGGGGUUGCUUGGCUUCAGUUCUCAGCAACGAUGAAGAAUCCAAGAAACUGGACUGGAAUAAGAGGGUGAAUAUUGUCAAAGGUGUUGUUCAUGCCCUCUCGUAUUUGCACCAUGACUGUUCACCUCCGAUUGUUCAUCGAGAUAUAACGAGCAGCAACAUUUUGCUUGAUCUGGAGUGUGAAGCUCAUCUCUCAGACUUUGGCGCUGCUAAGCUUCUCCAUCCAGACUCAUCCAAUUGGACUAAUAUUGCUGGAACAUAUGGAUACAUUGCACCGGAGCUUUCCUACACAAUGAAAGUUACUGAAAAAUGUGAUGGGUUUAGUUUUGGUGUUCUGGCAUUGGAAUUGAUAGUUGGGAGAUAUCCAGAUGAUUUUCUCUCCGAUCUAUCGAUUCUAACUGCAGAACACAUUCCACUAAACUGUGUGUUGGAUCAAAGGCUUUCAUCCCCCACAGCUAGAAGUUGAGAACAAACUCGAAUUCAUCCUGAAGGUGGUAGUCUUAUGUUUAAAUAACAAUCCAAAAAUCUAGGCCAACCAUGCACGCUGUUUCUCAGCUGUUGUUCGACCGAAUCUAGUCCAAUAUAGGAUUUGUUGAUCUUCAUACAAGUGGCCAACUUAGAUACGCUUGGUAUUGCUCUAAUGCUGUUGCUUUAGUUUUUGUGUAGUUAUCAUAGGUGAAAUGGAUUAAGCAUUUUCUUGAGAACAGUUAUGAACCUUUUGGUAGUUCAAAAAGAAUCGUUUC